GGGAGCGGUUGUAAGCGCGCUGGCGAUUGGAUCGGGACCAGCGCCAAUCCGCGCGCGCGUACCAUUUUCGGAUCUGGUUGCAGACAUAUAUAAACGGGUCCGGUGUGUACCCAUCGACCAGAAGGCUUUCGAACGCUCUAGGGCUGUUUUUACGUGUCUCGAUAGCCCCGUCUCUAACUAAACCGUAAACAUGCCUAAGGUAGUCAAACAAGAGGGGGAUGAUCCCGAUCCAACCCCAUACUUGUUCGUCUCGCUGGAGCAGAAGCGUAUCGAUCAGACCAAGCCCUACGAUGCCAAGAAGUCCUGCUGGGUUCCAGAUGACAAGGAGGGUUUCAUCCUGGGUGAAAUCAAGGGCACCAAGGGUGAUCUUGUCACCGUUGGCAUCAGCGCUGGCGAGGAAAAGAACUUCAAGAAGGAACUGGUCACCCAGGUCAACCCCCCGAAAUACGAAAAAGCCGAAGAUAUGUCCAACUUGACUUAUCUUAACGACGCUUCAGUUUUGCAUAACUUGAAGCAGAGAUACUACCAUAAGUUGAUCUACACCUAUUCCGGUCUCUUCUGCGUCGCCAUCAACCCCUACAAGCGUUUCCCCGUCUACACCAACCGUUGCGCUAAGUUGUACCGUGGUAAGAGGCGUAAUGAAGUCCCACCCCACAUUUUCGCCAUCUCUGACGGUGCCUACGUGAACAUGUUGACCAACCACGAAAAUCAAUCUAUGUUGAUUACUGGUGAAUCUGGUGCCGGUAAGACUGAAAACACGAAGAAGGUAAUUGCGUACUUCGCCACCGUCGGUGCUUCCUCGAAGAAGCCGACUGAGGAAGACAAGAAGAAGGGUUCCCUUGAAGAUCAGGUCGUACAAACUAACCCGGUACUUGAAGCCUUCGGUAACGCUAAGACCGUCCGUAACGAUAACUCCUCCCGUUUCGGUAAAUUCAUCCGUAUUCACUUCGGUCCCACUGGUAAACUUGCUGGUGCUGAUAUCGAAACCUACUUGCUCGAGAAGGCUCGUGUCAUCUCCCAGCAGACCCUGGAAAGAUCCUACCACAUCUUCUACCAGAUGAUGUCCGGCUCUGUCACUGGCCUGAAACAAAUGUGCUUGUUGAGUGACAACGUCCACGAUUAUUACUUCGUCGCUCAGGGCAAAAUCACUAUCCCCAAUGUCGAUGACGGCGAGGAAUGCACCCUUACCGAUCAAGCCUUCGACGUCCUGGGUUUCACCCAGCAGGAGAAGGACGACAUCUACAAGAUCACUGCCGCUGUCAUGCAUAUGGGUUGCAUGAAGUUCAAGCAGAGGGGUCGCGAAGAACAGGCUGAAGCUGACGGUACCGAGGAAGGUGACCGUGUUGCUAAGCUUUUGGGUAUUGAGACCGCCGGUCUUUACACUGCUCUAGUCAAGCCCAGAAUCAAGGUCGGUAACGAAUUCGUCACCCAGGGCCGUAAUGUCAACCAGGUAUCCUACUCCGUGGGUGCCAUGUCUAAGGCCAUGUUCGACAGGCUGUUCAAAUUCUUGGUCAAGAAGUGUAACGAAACCUUGGACACCAAGCAAAAGAGACAGCACUUCAUUGGUGUACUGGAUAUUGCUGGUUUCGAAAUUUUCGACUACAACGGUUUCGAGCAGCUUUGCAUUAACUUCACCAACGAAAAGUUGCAACAGUUCUUUAACCACCACAUGUUCGUACUUGAACAAGAAGAAUACGCUAAGGAAGGCAUCCAGUGGGCCUUCAUCGAUUUCGGUAUGGACUUGUUGGCCUGUAUCGAGUUGAUUGAGAAGCCCAUGGGUAUCUUGUCCAUCCUUGAAGAAGAGUCUAUGUUCCCCAAGGCUACUGACAAGACCUUUGAAGAAAAGUUGAACAACAACCACUUGGGCAAGUCUGGUAACUUCUUGAAGCCCAAACCACCAAAGCCUGGCUGCCAAGCUGCUCACUUCGCCAUUGGCCAUUAUGCCGGCAACGUCGGCUACAACAUCACUGGCUGGUUGGAGAAGAACAAGGAUCCCUUGAACGACACUGUUGUCGACUUGUACAAGAAGGGUACCAACAAACUGUUGUGCGAGAUCUUCGCUGAUCACCCUGGCCAGUCCGGUGGUGCCGGUGCUGAUGCUGGCGGCAAAGGUGGUCGUGGUAAGAAGGGUGGUGGCUUCGCCACUGUAUCUUCUUCCUACAAGGAACAAUUGAACAACUUGAUGACCACCCUGAAGUCUACUCAACCUCACUUCGUCCGUUGCAUCAUCCCCAACGAAUUGAAACAGCCAGGUGUCAUCGACUCCCAUCUUGUCAUGCACCAGCUUACUUGCAACGGUGUACUUGAAGGUAUCCGUAUUUGCCGUAAAGGUUUCCCCAACAGGAUGGUCUACCCUGACUUCAAGCUCCGUUACAAAAUCUUGAACCCCGCCGCUGUUGCCAAAGAAUCCGAUGAAAAGAAAUGUGCCGCGCACAUUUUGGACAACACCGGUUUGGACCCCGAAAACUACCGCUUGGGUCACACCAAGGUAUUCUUCCGCGCCGGUAUCCUGGGUCAGAUGGAAGAAUUGCGUGACGACAGGUUGGGCAAGAUCGUAACCUGGAUGCAAUCCUGGGUCCGAGGUUACCUCUCCAGGAAGGAAUUCAAGAAGCUGCAAGAACAGCGUAUUGCUCUCCAAGUCUGCCAGAGGAACUUGCGCAAAUACCUCAAGCUCCGCACCUGGCCAUGGUACAAAUUGUGGCAGAAGGUCAAGCCCCUCCUCAACGUCACCCGCAUCGAGGAUGAGAUUGCCAAACUUGAAGAGAAGGCACAGAAGGCCACCGAAGCUUUGGAACGCGAAGUUAAGGCCAAGAAGGAACUGGAAGGCCUCUACGCCAAGCUCCUCGCCGAAAAGACUGACCUCCUGGGUAUGCUGGAAGGCGAGAAGGGCUCCCUCUCCGAAUACCAAGAGAAGUCCAACAAAUUGGCUGCCCAGAAGAGCGAUCUUGAAUCCCAACUCCAGGAAACCCAAGACCGCUUGAGCCAGGAAGAAGAUUCCCGCAACCAGCUCUUCCAACAGAAGAAGAAAUUGGAGCAGGAAAUCUCUGGCUACAAGAAGGACAUCGAAGAUCUCGAAUUGAGCGUCCAGAAGUCCGAACAAGAUAAGGCCACCAAAGACCACCAGAUCCGCAACUUGAACGACGAGAUCGCCCACCAGGAUGAGCUCAUCAACAAGCUCAACAAGGAGAAGAAGAUGGCCGGUGAAAACAACCAGAAGGUGUCCGAGGAACUCCAGGCCGCCGAAGACAAAGUCAACCACUUGAACAAGGUGAAAGCCAAGUUGGAACAAACCUUGGACGAAUUGGAAGACUCCCUGGAACGCGAGAAGAAGCUCCGCGGUGAUGUUGAGAAGUCCAAGAGGAAGGUUGAAGGUGACCUGAAACUUACCCAGGAAGCCGUCGCCGACUUGGAACGCAACAAGAAGGAAUUGGAACAGACCAUCCAGCGCAAGGACAAGGAAAUCUCCUCCCUGACCGCCAAGUUGGAAGACGAACAGUCCGUUGUUGGCAAGCUCCAGAAACAGAUCAAGGAACUCCAGGCCCGCAUCGAAGAAUUGGAAGAAGAGGUUGAGGCCGAGCGUCAAGCCCGCGCCAAGGCCGAGAAACAGCGCGCUGACCUGAGCCGCGAACUCGAGGAAUUGGGUGAGCGUCUUGAGGAAGCCGGUGGUGCUACCUCCGCCCAGAUUGAGCUCAACAAGAAGAGGGAAGCUGAGUUGGCCAAGCUCCGCCGCGACUUGGAAGAAUCCAACAUCCAGCAUGAAGGUACCUUGGCUAACUUGCGCAAGAAGCACAACGAUGCCGUCUCUGAAAUGGGUGAACAGAUUGACCAACUCAACAAGCUGAAGGCUAAGGCUGAAAAGGAAAAGUCUCAAUACUUCGGUGAACUCAAUGACAUGCGCGCUUCCGUCGAUCACUUGGCUAACGAAAAGGCUGCCUGUGAAAAGAUCUCCAAGCAAUUGCAACAACAGUUGAACGAUGUCCAGAGCAAACUCGAUGAAACCAACCGCACCUUGAACGACUUCGAUGCCGCCAAGAAGAAGCUUUCCAUUGAAAACUCCGACUUGCUCCGCCAGUUGGAGGAAGCCGAAUCCCAGGUGUCGCAGUUGAGCAAGAUCAAGGUAUCCCUGACCACCCAAUUGGAAGACACCAAGAGGUUGGCCGAUGAGGAAGCCCGCGAACGCGCCACUCUUUUGGGCAAGUUCCGCAACCUGGAACACGACUUGGACAACAUCCGCGAACAAGUCGAGGAGGAAGCCGAGGCCAAGGCUGACAUUCAGAGGCAGUUGAGCAAGGCUAACGCCGAAUCUCAAUUGUGGAGGUCCAAGUACGAAUCCGAAGGUGUUGCCCGCUCCGAGGAAUUGGAAGAGGCCAAGAGGAAGUUGCAAGCCCGCCUUGCUGAAGCCGAGGAAACCAUCGAAUCCCUCAACCAGAAGGUCGUCGCUUUGGAGAAGACCAAGCAGCGCCUGUCCACCGAAGUCGAAGACUUGCAACUGGAAGUCGACCGUGCCACCGCUAUUGCCAACGCCGCCGAGAAGAAGCAGAAGGCAUUCGACAAGAUCAUUGGCGAAUGGAAGCUGAAGGUUGAUGACUUGGCUGCUGAAUUGGACGCCAGCCAGAAGGAAUGCCGCAACUACUCCACCGAAUUGUUCAGACUUAAGGGCGCUUACGAAGAAGGCCAGGAACAAUUGGAAGCCGUCCGCCGUGAGAACAAGAACUUGGCUGAUGAAGUCAAGGACUUGCUCGACCAAAUCGGUGAGGGUGGCCGCAACAUCCAUGAAAUCGAGAAGGCCAGGAAGCGCUUGGAAGCCGAGAAGGACGAGCUCCAGGCUGCUUUAGAAGAAGCUGAAGCUGCCUUGGAACAGGAAGAAAACAAGGUUCUCCGCAGCCAGUUGGAACUGUCCCAGGUCCGCCAGGAAAUCGACCGCCGCAUCCAGGAGAAGGAAGAAGAAUUCGAAAACACCCGCAAGAACCACCAACGCGCCUUGGACUCCAUGCAAGCUUCCCUGGAAGCCGAAGCCAAGGGUAAGGCUGAAGCUCUCCGCAUGAAGAAGAAGCUUGAAGCUGAUGUCAACGAACUUGAAAUCGCUCUUGACCACGCCAACAAGGCUAACGCCGAGGCCCAGAAGACCAUCAAGCGUUACCAGCAACAGCUCAAGGACACCCAGACCGCUUUGGAAGAGGAACACCGUGCCCGCGACGAGGCCCGCGAAGCCCUUGGCAUCUCGGAACGUCGUGCCAACGCUCUCCAGAACGAAUUGGAAGAAUCCCGCACCCUGUUGGAACAGGCCGACCGCGCUCGCCGCCAGGCCGAACAGGAAUUGGGCGAUGCUCACGAACAGUUGAACGACCUCUCUGCCCAGAACUCUUCCAUCUCUGCCGCCAAGAGGAAACUGGAGGCCGAGCUCCAGACCCUCCACUCCGACCUGGACGAGCUCCUCAACGAAGCCAAGAACUCCGAAGAGAAGGCUAAGAAGGCCAUGGUUGACGCCGCUCGUCUCGCCGAUGAGCUCCGCGCCGAACAAGACCACGCCCAGACCCAGGAGAAACUCCGCAAGGCUCUUGAGACCCAGAUCAAGGACCUCCAAGUCCGCUUGGAUGAAGCCGAAGCCAACGCCCUCAAGGGAGGCAAGAAGGCCAUCGCCAAGUUGGAACAGCGCGUCCGCGAAUUGGAGAACGAAUUGGACGGCGAACAGAGGAGACACGCCGAUGCCCAGAAGAACCUCAGGAAGUCCGAGCGUCGCAUCAAGGAGUUGAGCUUCCAGGCUGAGGAGGACCGCAAGAACCACGAACGCAUGCAGGACCUCGUCGACAAACUCCAACAGAAGAUCAAGACCUACAAGAGGCAGAUCGAGGAAGCCGAAGAGAUCGCCGCCCUCAACUUGGCCAAGUUCCGCAAGGCCCAGCAGGAGUUGGAAGAAGCCGAAGAACGCGCCGACCUCGCCGAACAAGCCAUCUCCAAGUUCCGCGCGAAGGGACGUGCCGGUUCCCAAGCCAGAGCAGGCAGCCCUGUGCAACGCAAGCCUUUGUCGGCGUUAGAGUAACAACUUUCAAAGAUCACCACGAUCCCGCCCACACAUGGACGGCAUGACCUUUCCACCCAGGUUCGACCUUGCCCCUGAAAUGGACAUGUAAAGAGUAACACCAAUGCGCCGUGUUAACAGCAUUCUAUCAGUCACUAAAAUCAAGCCAAACCAAAUUCUAUGUAUUAUAAUUUAUUAAUGGAUAUCUGAAAUAGUACGCCAGCUAAAAUUUGAUUAACACGCGCACGACAGGUUCAUUUUUGCGGCGCAAGAAAUGCAAAAUAAAUCAAACAAAGCAAAUUUCUUUUUUCUAUUUCUCAUUUUUGAAUUUAAUUAUUAUUAAUUAUAAUUUUAUUUUAUUCAUUCGUUAUUUGGUUAAAUCGGUUUUUCCUUUAUUCGGCCAUCACAAAACUAUUAAUCGUUGUACAUUAAUUUAUAAUUAAUAUUAAUUAAUUGAUUAUUAUUCCGAACGCCAUAUAUUGACAAAACGCGAGAGUAGUAAAGAUCCAAAAGCGCGCACGUAACUUUCGGCCUCCGCCGCCCGACGAUGUUCGAAGCGGGCUGACCCGCGGAGGGCCGGUACCACUAAUCGAAAGAGACACGUACCCACCACCCAUAGCAAUAUGACCGAGCGACCGGACUUCGCGGAAAUGCGCGACUACGCCAGCGCGGGCACGCGCGCCGAAAGCUACUUGCUGCCAAAGAACAACCGAAUAGAACGAAUGUGAUCGAUGUAACAAGAUUGUAAUCAAUUAACAACGAACAAUUACAAAUUCAUAAUAAUGCCAUUUCUAUUCUAUCUACUAUUAUCCUAGAAUUACGUUAUAGUUAUAUGUGUGACAGAAAUGUAUAUGGCUUAAGUUUACAAAUAAAAACAAGUUAUAUCUCGUUUAAAAUAAA